AAUCUGGUAACAGAUAACCCUGCUUCCGGUUUGUUUUAGUGGAACUUGAUGCGGUUGUGUUGAACUGUUAGGUUGUGUCAAUAAGUUAAAAAGGUGGACGACACCAAUAAUGAGAGGCCCUCGCAGCACUUGAACAGGAAAAAAGGUGCGGGAAAUACAAUGAAGGGUGAAGGAAGGCGUAAGGAGCCACCUGUUGUACGGGAGGUCACUGGAAAGCGGCCGAAACGUAAAUGCCUGCAGUGGCAUCCGCUGCUCUCUAAAAAGGCACUGGAUUUCUCUGAGGAGGAGGAGGAGGAAGAAGAGGAUGAAGAGGAGCUGAAGAAGCAGCCACUGCUGUGUGACCAGGAGCUGGUGUCUCAAGCCCAGUGUGGAGGCACACCAGAGGAAGAGGAAGAGGACUCAAAUGAACAGCGGGCUCGCAGGCCAAUGAAUGCCUUCCUUCUCUUCUGUAAACGCCAUCGCUCCCUGGUGCGACACGAACAUCCUCGUUUGGACAAUCGUGGGGCCACCAAGAUCCUGGCUGACUGGUGGGCCGUGUUGGAACCCACGGAGAAGCAGAAAUACACUGAUAUGGCCAAGGAGUACAAAGAGGCCUUCAUGAAGGCAAACCCAGGCUAUAAAUGGUGUCCUACCACCAGCAAACCAGUUAAGAGUUCUUCAUGUCAAACAGUUUGUAAUCCUCGCAAAAAAGUGUGGUCCUGCACUUCAAACACAUCCAAGGACUCGCCCACUGCCAAAAACAUGCCCAAAACUGAUGUCCCACAACUGAACUUUGCUAUGGCUGAUCCUACUAAGAUGGGAGGCCUCAGCAUGCUGCUGUUAGCCGGUGAACAUGCCCUUACAAACAGAGAGUCAUCUGUGUCUGUGGCAUCUGACAGAAAAGCAUGCAGACAGUCAGCUCUCUUUCAGCUUGCAGAGAUGUGUUUAGCGUCUGAAGCUGGCAAGAUGGACACAUUGGUUUCUCAGCCGGGAAACGGAUCAUCUGCAGCCUCUAUACAACAAACUAAGGAAAAGCUUUUGGUAAAAGAGGAGAACCUGGACACUGUUGGUUGCCUUGUCUCCUCUAACACGAUAACACCUUCCAUCUCUGCUACUUUGACUAAGAACAUUUCCUCCGAACUUAGCCAAAGUCAAUGUGUCAAAAAGAAGAACACGAAAGACGAGACGAAAGAGGAGGUUGUGUUCAAUGACGGUAACGAAACUCUAUGUUCCGCCAAAAAAGUCCUCAAAAAGCGUAGCGAUGCAGAGUCAAAUGUGGAUAAUGUUGCCUGUGAAAUUGAAACAGUAGCUAAAGGUCUCUGGAGGGAUUCGAAGGAGCCCAAGUCAAAAAUCCUGAAUGUCUCGGGUGGGUCUUGUUCGCCUAAAAAGAAGAGUAAGCCCAAAAUGAAGACUGCCAUCAAAGACCAAGAGGAGCUGGAUGAUGAGAGUAUUUACAUGAGUCCUAAGACAGAAACCGAAGAAACAAGCAUAGGAAGCACAGACGUUCAGGGCAGCAUGGAGAAAUGCCAAGACGUCCCCUCCAGUGCUUCACCGGUGAGGCUCAAAGAAGACAACGAUAGGAGCGAGAGGCCCAUCGAAGCAGAGUCCAUCCCAGAGAUCCGUGGUGCAAGGAAAUCUGAGAGGACCUGCAAAGGUGCCUUGUACAAGACCCUUGUUUCUGAAGGAAUGCUGACCUCGCUGAGAGCCAACCUUGACCGUGGUAAAAGAGGUGCAUUUCGUGCUUCUGAACAUGAAGCAAACUGGGGCGAUAAUAGCUGGACAGUUUCCCAAAUGGCACCUAAUAACACCAAGAGACUGAAAAAGGCGAAGUCCAAAGAUGACUCUUCACAAGGACAACUUGAAGAAGAAUUCGAAAAGAAAUUCAACAGCCUGCCACAGUAUAAUCCAAAUACUUUUGAUAAGAAGGGGUCUGUUGUCACAAAGAGGAAGAAGAUGGAUUGCUCUUCUCCACAGGAGGAAACUUCUAAAACAGGCAAAGGACCAUCACAGAAAAAGACUUCAUUCCACAAGAUUGUUAGGAAGCACAAACACUCAAAGAAGAAAGCAGCAGUGGGACAGAAGGAUUCCACCGUAUCGAUUUGCGUUUCGAAAGACAAAUCAUGUGCCCCCAGUGCCAUAAUGUGCCCAGAUGUGCAGGGCACCACCUGUGUGGACAUGCUGGUUGGAAGCCAGAAGAGGAAGGCAAGGAAGACAAAGAUCACUCACUUACUCCGCAUGACAAACGGCAGUGCAUCUCAGUUUGAGGAUGACAAAAUGAUGGAUUUAAACCAGGUGCAGGAGAAGAAGCCAUUACCCCAACUGACUGUAUGCCAUGAACAAGGGUACUACAGUGAUUCCAGACCAGUGGAGAUGGGCACUGGAACUCAGGAGCUACCUGCUUUCUUCAGUCUAGCUGCACUUGCUGAAGUAGCAGCCAUGGAAAAUGUUCACAGAGGCCAGAAGGGCUUGGUUGAGAGUCAGAAGAGAGAGCUAACCCAAGCUCCUGUCCUCAUCUUUUGCGCUGAUCAGUGAAACUUUGCUGCUGUCGAGGAAAGCUACGUGGACCAUGGCAGCAUUUUUUGUGUGUGUGUGUGGCAAGCUCGCUUUACAGGAAUUCAGUGUGUGAAUUCCGUUGAUCUGGUUCCGGGUGGAGGAAAGUGACCCUGUCCUUUUUCUUCCCCAACCUUGUUCCACUCUUUGUGGUUCCUGCAAGCCUUUGGAAAGAGGUAGAAUGCUUUUCCUCUUACCCCUUUAGAUACUGUAACUGGGUCUGCCGAAGAGCCACGCUGUACUGUAUGUUGGUUACACGAAGAGAUUAUUGUCAGGGUUUUACUUUUACAGUGGCCUUUAUGAGGGUCAAAGGUUGCUUUUUAAAACGUAAUGCAAGUUUAAAAAAAAAAAAAAAAAAAAGGCGAAGGUUUUGCGAACAUUUUUACCUCACACAAAACUUUCUUUGAUAGAAUGAGAUGUCCCAUCAAUGCUACUGUUCUAGGCUUUAACUCUAAAUCCCGUUACUUUAGUUUUGGCUGUAGUACACUAUUAUGAUGUACUUUAAAAAUGAAGGAACCUUAUGGAUGGCAUGUACAUACUGUAAGACAGUAUGCUGUCACUAUAAAAAAAUUGACUUUUUAAAUGAAUUCACCUGCGCGUAUUGUGCGCAUUUGAACUAGGGUUAUUUAUCGCUGAAGGUGUCGGGCUCCUCCUCUUCCCUUGUCCCCACCAACAUCGCCUACUUACAGUAGAGACAGUAGGCCAGUAUCAAAAUGACCCGCUUGUGAUGCAAAAAGUGAUAUUAUAGCUUUAAAGCUCAUAUUCACUAUGUUCCUUAGUGUUUUGCAUUGCAGGGUUUGUGUAAACAUUUUUGAAUGACGGAAUGCAUAUUUUGUCAAUAUUUCAUAUUAUUCCACUUUGCGUAGCAUUUAGAGAGACAAAUCAAUAGUGUGUACAUUUACAAUAAGCAUCAUUGUGGGUUGUUUAUCAUAUAAACCUUGCACUACUUUGUCGCUGCAGGUAAUCUUGAAAAGGGUUCUAAAAUCCCUUGUCUCAACCAGACAGGGUUUGUAUGCCACAUCCUGUCUCAGAAUGACUGAAUACUUAAUACGUGCUUCAACAUUAUACGCCAAUGGAGUCUAAAGUGGAUGCCUUCUGUUUAAAAUGUUUUAUACAUGGAGAUAAAGACAUGGACCAGCUGUGCAUCAGACAUCACAUUUAGUGGAAAAAAAUGUAUUUCAUGUGAUGGCCGGUGUUGGACAAAUUACUUUAAAAAAGUAAUUAGUUAUAGUUACUUCUUGCUUUCCCCAAAAGGUGUUUGAAUUAGUAACAAAUUUAGUCCUUCAUAAAUAUAAUUAGUAAAGCGUUACUUUAAAAACAAAAACCAAAAAAAAAACCCUUCAAAUAUGUAAAAUAAUUUGCAUAGCGACCAAUAGCUAGAUUGUGGCUGAUCUUGUGACUUGCAGUUCUCUACCAAAACGCUAGGAGGCAGCGUUUUCCUGAGCGUGAACAACCACAACUCUUGUUGACUAGCUGUUUAGCUUCCUGUGUAGUCGUAGUGAACAAUGGCGACGAAGGCGACAUCCAGGCAGAUAUCAGUGCAGAGUUACGCACAACAUUUCACUGUCGGUGACUAACGUAGGAAGUGGGAAUAAAUUAUAUUACCCGUUACUGGAAAUCAGUAACUGUGGUAUUUUUACUGAUGAUGGCCCAUAUUUGUACCAUCCAUCCGUCCAGUUUCUAUCACUUAUCCUGUUGAGCGACACAGGGAGCUGGAGCCUAUCCAUGGCGGACUACACAGUGGACUGGUCGCCAGUCCAUAACAGGACACACAGAGACAGACAAUUCACACUCAUGUUCACACCGUCACUGAGUGGGGACUGAACCCCCUCCCCCGCAACCACUACACCAUCAGUGACCCGUCUGUACAUCACUUAGUAGACUAUAAUUGAAGUUUUUGUUUUGUGCUUUUGACUUUUUCCUGUUCAUUCGUCAUGCAUCAUUCCAUUUCUGUGCUGACACAUUGGGCAUACACAGGACAUUUCAACUGUAGCUGAGGGAAAAAUCACAAAGGAAUGCCACUGAGCUGCAGAAUUGUCGUCUUCCCAAGAGUUGUUACAACCUGAAAGAGCUUUCACCUGUUAAGACUCCCUAGCAAUACUCCUCACUUAUGUACCCGUUGGCUCAUUUCUUUAGGCCAAUACGUAAUUGAACACAUUUUUGACUCAGUCCCAUGUAAACGUUUAGAAUGCUUUUAUUGACUGUGUUUGCAUUUAUAACUACAGUAGUCAUUUGCUUGGAACUAAAGUACUUUUCCUAAGGUCACGUUUACUUCUUCAUUAAGAUUGUCACAAAAGGUCAAGCUUGGUGUUUUAAGUGCGUUAUUUGUGUCAAGCUUGAGGCUGCAGUUCUUCUCAGAAUUUGCCCAUAAAAUCUCAUACACUAUCUGCAAGGUUUCAAAUAGGUUAAUAACGUCAUUCUAAUAUAUUGUGUGUUUUAGCUACUAUAUAUAUAUCUACUGUAUAUCCCCUGCAUUUUGUAAUGACCUUCUUACAAACACAUUCCAGAAUUUUGUAGGUUUAUUUAAAUGGAGAUCAACUCAAUCUAACACCCAGCAAAAGAAUAUUACCUAAAGGUAUUUGAUUGAGUGAAAGAAGUAUUUGAGAAAACCAAGCAAAGAGGGCAGACGUUUCUUGUACCUUUCACACACCUUAAGAGGAAUUUUAGUCAGCUCUUUUUUUUUUUUUUUUUUUUAAUAAA